AUGGCGGCCAACGCGACCACCAACCCCUCGCAGCUCUUGCCGCUCGAGCUCGUGGACAAAUGCAUAGGGUCACGCAUACAUAUUGUGAUGAAGAGUGAUAAAGAAAUUGUUGGAACCCUUCUAGGAUUUGAUGAUUUUGUCAAUAUGGUGUUAGAAGAUGUUACAGAAUUUGAGAUUACACCUGAGGGCAGAAGAAUCACAAAGCUAGACCAGAUCUUGCUAAAUGGAAACAACAUCACAAUGCUGGUUCCUGGAGGAGAAGGACCUGAAGUAUAGAUUAAUACAGUUGUCAUCUAUGAAGACACAUGUAAAAAGUAUGAAGAGAGCUUUUGGCGUGUGGAUAUGUUUUGGUUGUGGGUUGUUGGUUUUGUUUGCACACUCUUGCAGUUGACAUUUGAUAGAGGACAAGGAAUUCCUCUUCAGGAAAGGUGCAUUGUUAAUGAUACUGUUGACUUUGUUUGUUGAAGUCCUGACUGUCUUGUAAAGACUCUGAUCUGUUCUAAA